AUGAUCCUGGAUGCCCUUACGCAGCUCCCACGCGGCUGGGCCGCCCAUGCUUCGCUGCGGGUCUCGUGCCUAGACAACGUGGAAAACGUGAUCAGCCCCCAGCGGUCCAGGCUCGUCAGGCACGUCUGGCUAAACAUCGAGCUUCGGCCCUACACGUGUCAGAACUGUCACCUGACCGAAAGCUAUUCGUGGUGGUGCGCAAACAACGCUGUCAUCCGAUCGGCAGUCCGGAAACUCUUCUCCAUCCUGUCUCGGUGGCCCUCGGCGGACGGGGCCGGGUUGUCGCUCGAGCUAAGCGCGCAGUCCCCCAGCGACAAGGAGCACUACUUCAAGAACCUCUACUUUGGCGGCCAAGGCGAGGACGAGGACUUCGAGCACGACGAUCGUCCGGGUCGUCGUUCCCCUCUGAGCGACAACCUCAUCGAGUCACACUUGCCACAGUCACUCAAGCACUUAUCUCUGUUUCAAGAUACCAACGAAAGAUACAUUGCAUUGAUUCGGGAGGGCUUCCUGCCCCAUGGCCUUGGACCCGACUCGGCACGAGCCGCGUCGCCCGCAGUGGGCGCUGCUCUAGCGGAACGAAGCCUCGGCCUCGAAACCCUUUCCGCCACGUUCAUCGUCGAGGCCAGGGACUUCUUCCAGUCUUGUCGGCCAGACUGGGUCUGGGAAGGCCUGACGUCGCUGGUUCUCACGUCGAGGGUGCUCACAUCCGCAGCCAACCGCGAGGACGUCACGGAGCUCUUGCGGAUUGCCGCAGCGGCUGCGCUUUCCAUGCCGAGACUGCACACGAUGGUGCUGUGGAACGGCAUCCGAGGGACGGCCUGCAAGUUCUCCUAUCGCGCAGAGUCUGGUUGCGCUUCCAUCGGUUGGCGUGGCACAUGGGACCUCGGACUGGAGGAUGAGGUGGUCGACGCUUAG